CAGCAGCCUCACCAAACUCACCUACCUCCAUAUAUAUCCCACGGGAGUCAAAACUUGUAAACCCUAAAAUCAUUCUCUCUCUUUGUCUGUAUCCAUGGCUUCCAUUUCUAAGCUCUCAACUCCUAACUUUGCUACUUCUUCAUCAUCAUCGUCUAGACUUCUUUCAUCUCAACCAAAAGUUUCAAUAAGUUUCUACAACAGAUCUUCUAUUAACAAAGGCUUCUCUAAUUCUAAGUUAUCACUUCGCAGAAACACAGAGACUAGUUCAUUAAAUGUUAGAUGUUCUAAAGGUGAUGGAAAUGGGACACAUGCAAAGAAAACAGUCCUUCAUGAUCUCUAUGACAAACAAGGACAAAGUCCUUGGUAUGAUAAUCUUUGCCGACCCGUUACAGAUUUGUUACCAUUGAUCUCAAGUGGAGUUAGAGGUGUCACCAGUAACCCCGCGAUAUUCCAGAAAGCAAUAUCGACAUCAAGCGCGUACAAUGAUCAGUUCAGGGAGCUUGUUCUAGCAGGAAAGAAUAUUGAAGAUGCUUACUGGGAACUCGUGAUUAAGGAUAUCCAAGAUGCGUGCAAACUUUUUGAAUCCAUCUAUGAUGAAACUGAUGGAGCUGAUGGAUAUGUAUCUGUAGAAGUUUCCCCACAACUUGCUGAUGAUACAGUAGGGACAGUAGAGGCUGCUAAGUGGCUUCAUAAAGUGGUUAACCGUAAAAAUGCUUACAUAAAGAUCCCUGCAACUGCAGAGUGCGUUCCUUCUAUCAAGGAUGUUAUUUCACUUGGCAUAAGCGUCAAUGUAACUCUCAUUUUCUCUCUUUCGCGGUACGAAGCAGUCAUUGAUGCUUACUUGGACGGCCUUGAGGCUUCUGGGUUGAGUGACCUCUCAAGGGUUACAAGUGUAGCAUCUUUCUUUGUCAGUCGUGUGGACACCCUUGUUGACAAGAUGCUUGAGAAGAUCGGGACCCCAGAAGCUCUUAACCUUAGAGGAAAGGCUGCAGUUGCCCAAGCAGCACUAGCAUAUAAGCUUUACCAAAAGAAGUUCUCCGGUCCAAGAUGGGAGGCUCUGGUGAAGAAAGGUGCAAAGAAGCAGAGGUUGUUGUGGGCCUCAACCAGUGUUAAGAACCCUGCAUACUCAGACACCCUGUAUGUUGCUCCUCUAAUUGGACCAGACACGGUGUCAACAAUGCCAGACCAAGCUCUCCAAGCAUUCAUCGAUCACGGAGUUGUUUCUAGAACUAUCGACGCAAACUUAUCCGAAGCUGAAGGUAUCUACAGUGCACUUGAGAAAAUCGGAAUUGACUGGAAUGAAGUUGGAACUCAACUAGAAGUUGAAGGUGUGGACUCCUUCAAGAAGAGUUUUGACAGUCUUUUGGUCACCCUUGAAGACAAAGCCAGCUCCCUAAAUUUGGUGAAAAAGUAAUACACUAUAAGGGAGGUUGAUUAAGAAAGAAUUUGUAAUAAAUGGAUUAGUAUGUAUUUGUGUGUGUUGUGUGAGAGAGAGCUUAAUUCUUCUUCUCUAUUUCAGAAUUUAGGUUUCUUUUACUUCAUGAAAUAAACACUGUUUUCCUUUAUCUCCUUAAUCUGAGAACAUUAUAUAAAUGAGGUUUCCAGUCCA